CGAGCAUGUGGCUGGGCGCGGCAAUGUCCUCCUCCUCCUCCUCCUCCUCGUCCCUUUUGCUUCUCUUGUGCCUCCUCCUGGCCAAGCAGGGCGCCGUGCUCGGAGACCAGACGUGGUGGCAUGCGGCUUCCAUCAGCUAUGCCGAACCCAACAACACUGUGGGCCAAUUUGCGGAGUCGGAGCCCGUGCCCUUCCUGGCCUGCAGCUCGUCCGCCAACAGCGCUCCGUGGGCCGAGCUGUUCUGCCACGUGGGCGAGCGUUGUCUCCUGUCCGAUAACGUGGUGCAGGGGCGCUACCACGACCCUUCAGCAACCGUUGGCGAAACCCAGUGCUGGACUAAACACGCUCCUCCUCCUUGCUUCCCUCCGUUCACCGACGUCCCCAACUUGGGCUGCCUUCUCCUCCGAGCAACUCCGAUCAUGAGUUGGCACGACGCUCGCCUCGUCUGCAGGAGCUAUGGAGGAGACCUGGUUGUUCCCAAGGACUAUAACGCUCUGGCUGCCUACUUUCUGCCCUUCGGCCCCAAGGAUAUGUGGGUGGGCGUGUACAAGGAGAAGUGGGUGGAUGGUUCACCAGUGACUAAUUGGGGGGCUGGCGAACCGGAUGGAGGCACCCAGUACUGCGCCAGAAUGUUGAAGCUAUCAGGGAGAUACCAAAUCUGUGAUGCUGGAUGUUCUCUUGUAUACGGAUUCUUAUUCCAUGACAACACAGGACCCAUGACAAUAAACAUUGUCAACUGGACUUCUGUGUCUUUUGGAUAUAACCUCCUCUCUGCAGAAACAUCAAUCCUUGUACCAGUCAGCCUAUUUAUCUUGAUGUAUUUGGCAAGAACAACAAUUGUGGUGUACGGAGAACAGUCUCAAGUUCUUCGAGAUCCACUCCAGUUCUUUCUUGGCGUGAAAUAUUUCCAAAGGCCUUUCUCAGAAGAACACAACAACAGUGAUUCUGUGUCUCUGGCAUCGAUUCAGAGGCGCCUGAUUCCACCGUUACAAAAUUAA